GUGCAGCAGGGUUCCUUUUAGAGUCGACUGGAUGGAAAACUCACGGAGCCAUUCAGAGCACUCCCAUGCUGCUCGGUGAACCGGGGCUGCAGUGAACACCGCAGACGGAUCGCGUGAACUUACAACCGGAGUUGGUGAAUUAAAAGCGCAGUCUUGAUUCAGUGUGUUUGAAGCUCAGCUGAACCUUCUUCUGUUCGUCGUCAUUGUCAGUGUGUGAAGAUGCCGCCAGCGACAGGAGGGCCGGUGGGCUACACUCCUCCUGAGGGAGGCUGGGGCUGGGCAGUGGUGGUAGGGGCCUUUAUCAGCAUUGGCUUCUCCUAUGCCUUCCCCAAGUCCAUCACAGUGUUCUUCAAAGAGAUCGAGGUGAUCUUCAAUGCCACCAGCAGCCAAGUGUCAUGGAUCUCGUCGAUUAUGCUGGCUGUCAUGUAUGCAGGAGGACCAAUCAGCAGUAUUCUGGUGAAUAAGUUUGGAAGUCGGCCAAUCAUGAUUGCUGGGGGCUGUCUGUCUGGCACAGGGUUAGUCGCCGCCUCCUUCUGUAACACCGUGGAGGGUCUGUACUUCUGUGUGGGAGUUAUAGGUGGCCUGGGUUUGGCUUUUAAUCUGAAUCCGGCAUUGACCAUGAUUGGCAAAUACUUCUACAAGCGCCGGCCAAUAGCUAAUGGCAUCGCAAUGGCGGGCAGCCCAGUGUUCUUGUCCACCCUUGCCCCGUUGAACAGCUGGCUGUUUGAUCAAUUUGGGUGGAGGGGCAGUUUCCUCAUUCUGGGUGGAGCUUUGCUGAACUGCUGCGUUGCGGGGUCACUAAUGAGGCCCAUUGGACCAAAAGCACAACCUGUCAGUCCAAAAGAGGAUGGCGAGCCCAAAGGUCAAGAGAAAAAGACAUGCAUGCAGACCAUCAACAGCGUCCUGGAUCUGACCCUGUUCACUCACAGAGGAUUCCUGCUGUACCUGCUCGGAAACGUCGUCAUGUUCUUCGGCCUCUUUGCACCACUUGUGUUCCUCAGUAACUAUGCGAAGAGUAAAGAGAUCUCCAAGGAUAAGGCUGCAUUCUUGUUGUCCAUCCUGGCCUUCACCGACAUGAUCGCUCGGCCGUCCAUGGGCCUGGUGGCCAACACUCGCUGGGUCCGGCCACGUAUCCAGUACUUCUUCGCCGCAUCUGUGCUGUAUAAUGGCGUCUGCCACUUGUUGGCACCACUCUCCACCGAUUACGUGGGUUUUGCCAUUUAUGCAGUGUUUUUCGGUGUGGCAUUCGGCUGGCUGAGUUCUGUGCUGUUUGAGACUCUCAUGGACCUGGUGGGCGCUCAGAGGUUCUCCAGUGCUGUCGGCUUGGUGACCAUCGUGGAGUGCGGGCCUGUGCUGCUGGGGCCUCCGAUGCUGGGAAAGCUCAAUGAUGAUUAUGGUGAUUAUAAAUACACAUAUCAGGGUUGUGGAAUCGUCCUGGUGAUUGCCAGCAUAUUCUUGUUUGUGGGAAUGGGAAUCAACUACCAUCUGUUGGACAAAGAGAAGAGGGUGGAGGAGAGAAGAGCAAAACAGGAAGAGAGGGAUGCUGAGACGAAUGUAGACAAUGCCCUGAUCGAGAAGGCAAAGGAGGCGGAUGGAGAUGCAUCGGAUGCAUAAGCUGACAUUGCCAAAUGGAGGAAAUGUUAUUUGCACACACACCAACAACCUGUCUUCCAGUUUUAACCAUCCAAAAUGAUAAUGCAUCACUUAAUGAUUCAGCCAGUGUUUAAAACAGCACAAAGGCCUUUGAUGGCAAGAAAUUCUCCUUUAUGCAAUCUCACACACGUCAAAUGUUACUGUCAUUCUCCCAACAUUCAUACGGGAGUGUCUUCAUACCUUAAUGUCACAAUUCACCUUUUUGUGUAUAUAUUAUAACCAUUAUGAGAACAUUCCUAGAUUUGACUCCAGAAUAACAGUUUAUAAAGCUUUAAAUUAAACCACAAAAUGGCCAUUUCAAAAUAUUUUCGGAGAAUUAUGAUGUGUGACAUUUAAGGUAACAUACACAGAAUUUGUCAGUUCAAGACAUGGAAGAAGAAAUAUUUCACUCUAAUGUCAAUCUUCCAUCUUCAAAACAUAGUGUUAAGUUUUUUGUAUGUGUAUGUAGUCUUCCCUAUUCUGACUGGCUGGUAGAAAAUAGUGCCAGGAUUUGCUGGACUGCCAUAUAAAGGCAAAGAGCAGAAAUUAUGUCAAGACUGACCGUUUUUUUUAUUUUUAUGGAUUGAUUUGAUAUCAGCUUUUGUGCUCUAAACAUUUAGUUAAGUCCCUUGUGUCACUGGACUCGGAUUCACUCAUGAAAUAGGGACAAAAUGCCUUUGCAUGGCUGAAGAAUUCACGAUUUGUUUCCAUGGCAGUUUAAUGUAUUUUAUUUUUGACAGGCUGCUUCCUGCUCUGGUGAUCUCGAGAUCUCACACUGGUUAUCAAAAUCUUUACUCUCUGUACUGUAAGCAUUAAGCUUUAAGUACUGUAAGCAUACCAUUUUUAGGAACUACAGCAGACACAAUAUUGCAACGGUCUUUUUUUCUUUUCUUUUUUUUGUCUGAGGCCGUUCUCACUUCUUCACAUGGAAAGACUGCUAGAUGUGCUUCAGCUUUUACGUUUCAUUUAGCAUUAAUGAAGACGAUGAGUUUCACUAGGGUACAUUCAAAUAGGGGAUCCUUUUACAAGUGUUUUAACUUGCUUUUUUGACCACGCUGUUCUUAAAUGUCUAGAAACAGUUUUAAUUACGGUUGCCAACAGAACCUGUGCCUUGAUGAGGUGCCUUUCUAUCUACAUGCAGGUUUUAUUUGUAUUUGAACGGACAUACGUGUAAAAA